UCGAACUAUCAGCCCCCUAUCGAGUAACAAUGAUUUUAAUGAGACUUGAUGAACAACUGUAAACACACAAUGACUCAAUCGAACGAGGAUCAAAACUACGGAAAUGCCAUUGAAUUGUUAAGAGAAUAUAAUUCCACGCCAUACGCCAUACAGCGGACAAGUCAAUAAGGCAAUAAGGUUGAGCUUUAGGGCAACUGCCAUUUGUGGGUGAUUUAUGAACGAUGUCCUUAAGGCGAGCCCUACCAAAAGAGAAAUACCUUUCCCUGCAGAGAGAGCUCCUAAGGAAAGGCGAAUUGUAUGAAGACAGAGAAUUCCCGCCAGUAUUUCGCAGUAUUUUCACUAAAACACGUCCAUCUGUAAAUCUUCAAUGGAAAAGACCAAAGGACAUCAGCAGGACAGAGCCCAAGUUCUUCACCAAAGGUAUCAGCAGAACUGACGUUGCCCAAGGGAGAAUGUUGAACUGUUGGUUUGUGGCAGCAGUGGCAUCGUUGACAGACUCAGAGGAAUUAUUCUAUGCCGUCUGCCCGCAGGAUCAGGGCUUUGAGCCAGGCACGUAUUGUGGAAUGUUUAGAUUCAACUUCUGGCGUUUUGGUGAAUGGGUAGAAGUCAUCAUUGAUGACUACCUGCCGACGCACAAUAACAAGUUGUACUACGCUAGAUCCAGUGAUCCUGAUGAGUUUUGGAGCGCAUUGUUAGAAAAAGCUUAUGCCAAAGUGUGUGGAUCCUAUGAAGCCAUGGGAUUAGGCCGAAUAAGCGAAGCGCUGCAAGAUUUUACAGGAGGCGUAAUCGAGAUGAUAAACCUACAGGCACCACCACCAGACGUCUUUAAGGUUUUACAAAAAGCUCUUGAGCGCCAUUCACUGAUGGGUACUUCUAUAGAGACAACCGCUCAGUCUGGUCAGAGAACGUUACCAAAUGGACUCAUAACCGGGCAUGCGUACUCCAUCACAGGUUUGACUAAGGUUAAUCUUCUUACUUUGGGAAUACCAGAGGCGAAACUAAUCCGUCUCAGAAAUCCACACGGAAAUAGUUCAGAAUGGAAGGGAGCCUGGAGCGACAGGUCUGAUGAGUGGAAUCUCUUGUCAAAUGAAGAACGAAAGCGACUAGACCUUGUGUUCGACGACGACGGAGAAUUUUGGAUGACAAUGGAGGAUUUUGUGGCGAACUUCACACGUGUGGAGAUCUGUAUGCUGACCCCUGACAGCGUUUUGGAAGAAGAUAAGAAAAAAUCAUGGAAAAUACAACGAGAAAAAGGUCGUUGGCAAACUGAUGCGACCGCAGGUGGAUGUAGGAAUUUCAUAGACACGUUCCACAUAAAUCCUCAAAUAAGGAUUCAUUUAGAGGACCCGGAUGAGGAUGAUGACGAUGACCUCUGUUCGAUGGUAGCGUCGCUCAUGCGCAUUGAUCGAAAGAGAACCCCAGCCAAUGAGAGGCCUCCUAUUGGGUUUGCUAUUUACAAGGUACCGGAAGAUAUGGCCGGCAGAAAGGAGCGCUUUGGCAGGCGGUUUUUUGAGACGACCAAGGCUCAAGUGAUGACAAACUCAUUUACAAAACUGAGGGAGAUAAGCUGUCGAUAUUCCCUACCUAAAGGAGAAUACGUGCUGGUUCCAUCCACAUUUUACCCUCGUCAAGAAUCCGAAUUUCUUUUAAGAAUAUUUUCCGAGAAACCUCACGAUACAAGGGAAAUUGACGUGGAAACAAAAAUAACGCUGCUACCCAAGCCAACAGUGUCAACAGAGGAGGCCGGAGACAUUGAUAAACAAUUUUGGACCACGUUUCAAAAAUUUUCAGGAGAGGAUGGUGAAAUUGAUCAAUAUGAACUACAGGAGAUCUUGACCAAAGCAUUUGCUUCUUUGAUGAACUCAAACACGUUUAGCUUGGAAGCUUGCAGGAGUAUGAUUGCAAUGUUUGAUGGAGACAAAACAGGAGCGUUAGGAUAUAAUGAGUUUAGAGGAUUGUGGACAAUUCUUGGACAGUGGAAGGCCGUUUUCUUCCGUUUUGACAAAGACCAAAGUGGUGAUAUGAACCUGUUCGAGCUCCGCGACGCUCUCAAAUCAUUAGGAUAUCAACUCAGUAAUUCUGCGCUGAGCGCAAUCAUCCUGAGGUAUCACAACAAGAAAGGCACGAUUCCAUUCGAUAUCUUCAUACAGAUUUUGGUCCGUGUCAUAGUCAUGUUCGAUACUUUUAGAAGACACGCAAUGAGCCGAGGUCGACGAUCAGAGAAAGCCGUGUUCACCAUCGACGACUUCAUCGAAUCGACGUUGACCGUUUGAUCAAAAGUGACGGAAAGGUGAAUCAGUGGUAGUGCAGAGAAAAACUGUGACUGAUGAGUGGCAAAGGCAACCUGGUGCGAGUUAAAAGACGAAGCAUAAUUUUGAUCUCAUGCCGGCAACAGGAAGAAGCGGAUGCUGACCAAAACAUUGGUCUCUAAACUGAUAUUAUGUUGCUUUCUAAAAGCUGUGGAUCCUCAUUUAGGUUAAUGUAAGCUGAAACGUUUGUAUCAGUGCAAAUAUUGCUUAUUUUUCUAGACAUUUUUAGCGAAUCAGAAAUUUGCUUAAAAGCGAAAUGGAAAUUUUUGAUGUUCCAAAAAGAGGAAGAAGUCUUUGUUAGUAUUAUUCCAAAAUAACCCUACUCCAUUUCUUUAAAUUUGAACCUUGUUAUGAAAUGUUUCAGUCCAGUUUAUAUAUACCUGGAUUAGGAAAAAAUUACUAGUAUUCAUUGUAAGCUUUUUA